AUGGCGUUCAUUGCUUAUGCUGGUGCCACUGACCAACUCUCAAAGGAAGAAAUAUUCAAUUCGGAAGUACCCAUUCCCAUUAAGUUGAGCUACGGCAAUCAACAAACUAGGACUAGGCCGCCGACGGGAGACUUGGAAAAUAAAAUAGCAGCGAAAAUCAAUGAAAUAAGAACUGAAAACUUGCUAAAGGACUCCUUAUAUCCAGACUAUGAUGAGCCGCCCACCAACUUUGCUCUGAAAAAGUUUUGGGGAAAAUGGCGACGAAGGAAGACAUCCACGAGACCUCCAACAACAGCCCUUAACCCAUCUACCGCAACUGCCGAUCCAGCAUCGACAGGAACUUCUACAACCACGACAACAAAAGCCACAGCAACAACCACUACAACAGAAGCCACAACCUCCACAACAAGUCCGACUCCUACAACCACGACAACAGAGCCCACAACAACAACCACUACAACGGAAGCCACAACCUCCACUACUAGUCCGCCUUCUACAACCACGACAACAGAAGCCACAACAACAACCACUACAACGGAAGCCACAACCUCCACUACUAGUCCGCCUUCUUCAACCACGACAACAGAAGGCACAACAACAACCUCUACUAGUCCAACUAAAAAAACAACAACAAAAGCCACAAAAACAACCACAACAACGGAACCCACAACAACAACCACAACAACAGAACCCACAACAACAACCACAACAACAACCACAACAACGGAACCCACAACAACAACCACAACAACGGAACCCACAACAACAACCACAACAACGAAACCCACAACAACAACCACGACAACAGAAGGCACAACAACAGCCUCUACACGUCCGACUAAAAAAACAACGACAACAAAAGCUACAACAACAACCACAACAACGGAACCCACAACAACAACCACAACAACAGAACCCACAACAACAACCACAACAACAGAAGGCAAAACAACGACAAAAAAAGCUACAAAAACAACCACAACAACGGAACCCACAACAACAACCACAACAACAGAACCCACAACAACAACCACAACAACAGAAGGCAAAACAACGACAAAAAAAGCUACAAAAACAACCACAACAACGGAACCCACAACAACAACCACGACAACAGAAGGCAAAACAACGACAAAAAAAGCUACAAAAACAACCACAACAACAGAACCCACAACAACAACCACAACAACAGAACCCACAACAACAACCACAACAACGGAACCCACAACAACAACCACAACAACAACGGAACCCACAACAACAACCACGACAACAGAAGGCAAAACAACGACAACAAAAUCUACAAAAACAACCACAACAACGGAACCCACAACAACAACCACAACAACAGAACCCACAACAACCACAACAACGGAACCCACAACAACAACCACAACAACGGAACCCACACCGCAUACAACUCAACAUCCGCAACAUCCACAUCCCCUGAUCCGUCAACUGCCGUUGCAGUAUUGA